AUGAGGAGAAGUCAGGCCCCAAGUCAGCGGGAACUUGUUGGGGAGAAAAGACAAGUUGGCAAGACAGAAUUGGACGAUCACAGAAUAAAAUCGAAACGUCAAAAGCUCACUGCACCAUUCAACCAUCUGGAACAUUUAUCACCGUAUCGCCAACCACUGACAGAUGUUAGGGCGCAAGUUGGCUCUACAGAUGACAGUGUAUCAUUGAGCCAUGAGGAAUUCAUCAGGAAAAUAUUGUCCAAGCCGUUCAAGGUUCCUCUACCAAACUAUGAAGGCAGUGGUUUGGGCAGAGUUCUUGGAGUUCGUCGACAGGGAGCAAGACAGCCUCUACAUAGUCCCUAUGAUGAAGGCGCUCUAGUGUUGUACUGUCCGCCUGAGCUGUCUGCUCAUGAUCAAAUGAAAAUGGAUGCGGAGCAAGUACCUGUUCACGUUGUCGUUGACCCAGUUUUAACCCGGGUACUACGACCUCACCAGAGAGAGGGAGUAAAGUUUAUGUAUGACUGUGUUACUGGAAACCAGAUAGAAAACAACUACGGCUGCAUAAUGGCUGAUGAAAUGGGUUUGGGCAAGACUCUUCAGUGUGUUGCCUUGGUGUGGACUCUUCUGCGCCAGAGCCCCAAUUUCUGCCCGACUGUGACCAAGGUGAUCAUUGUCUGUCCCAGCAGUUUAGUCAAGAACUGGCAGAAUGAAUUCAACAAGUGGCUGAGUUCAAAGGUCACAACUCUGGCGAUUGAUUCUGGGAGCAAAAGUGAGAUAGACAGGAAUAUCAGUCACUUCAUGCAACAGCAAGGCAGACGGACACAGUUCCCAGUGCUGAUCAUUUCCUAUGAAACUUUCCGUCUGCAUGCCUCGGUCUUGCACAAAGGAGAAGUUGGAUUGAUAAUUUGUGAUGAGGGGCAUCGGCUGAAAAACUCAGAGAACCAGACUUACCAAGCUCUGACCAACCUGAACGCUAAGCGGCGCAUCCUCUUGUCUGGCACCCCGAUACAAAAUGAUCUGCUGGAAUACUUCAGCCUCUUACAUUUUGUCAACAAGGGUAUUUUAGGCACAGCCCAGGAGUUCAAGCGGAGGUUUGAGACACCGAUACUGCGAGGCAGAGAUGCUGAUGCUACUGAUGAAGAUCACAAAAAAGGGGAGGAGAAACUGCAGGAGUUGCUGUCCAUUGUUAAUAGAUGUAUCAUAAGACGAACACAGUCGCUGUUGACUCAGUACCUGCCUGUCAAAUAUGAACAUGUAAUCUGCUGCCAGCUGACUACCCUCCAGAAAUCUCUCUACCAGAAGUUUGUCAGCUCACAGAUGGCUCGCUGUGAGAAUGUCGACUCCAACAAAACUUCCAGUAGCAGUCUCUCUGCCAUCACACAGCUGAAAAAGCUAUGCAACC